AUGGACUGUCUGGCAGAGUGUCUGGACGGCGUCUCGUUCCAUGGACCGAGUUGGAGGAUGGAGCCUGGAGACCUCUUUAUCCCCGUGGACUCCAUUGAGGAAGAGGCCACUCUGACCUGCGACGCCAAGGGCAACCCACCACCCCAGUACAGAUGGUCACUGAACGGGAGCCUCAUAAAUCUGGGGCUGGAGCGGCGGCGGCGGCUGUCCGGGGGAAACCUCAUCAUCAGCAGCCUGGACCGCGCUCAGGACGUGGGCCAGUACCAGUGCAUGGCCUUCAACACCGUGGGAGCCAUCCUGAGCCGCAGAGCCAGCCUGCAGUUUGCAUACCUCACAUACGCAUGGGUCUUCAACGAGUACCCAUACUUUGUUCAGCAAGACAAUCGGCGGUUUGUGUCACAGCAGACUGGAAACCUUUACAUCGCCAAGGUGGAGUCGUCCGACGUGGGCAACUACACCUGUGUGGUCAUGAACAGUGUGACCAAAGGAAAAGUGCAAAGCUCUCCCACGUCUUUGAUCCUCAAGACAGACGUGCUGGAGAUUCCGAGCUUUCAGCAAGACGACACUGGAGGCUACGAGUGCGUGGCAGAGAACAAGAUGGGCAAGAACAUCGCCACCGGCAAACUGGCCUUUUACGCCAAACCCCAGUGGGUCCAGACCAUGAAGGACACGGCUCUGGCCAUAGAAGAGCGCCUGUACUGGGAGUGUCGCGCCAACGGCAAACCAAAGCCCUCCUACAGCUGGCUCAAGAACGGGCAGCCGCUGGUCUCAGAGGACAGAAUCCACGUGGAGGACGGUGUGCUGUCAGUGUCCGUGCUAACAUUGGCGGACGCGGGCAUGUACCAGUGCGUGGCUGAGAAUAAGCAUGGGGUCACAUACUUUGCAGCCGAACUCAUGGUUUUAGCCUCCCCUCCAGACUUCACAGGGAACGUCCUCCGAGCCUUGCUCAAAGCCAAGGCAGGAACCACAGUAACACUUGAGUGCAAACCCCAGGCGUAUCCUAUGGCCAGCAUCCUGUGGAAGAAAGGAAACCUGCCCAUUCACACCGGGGACAGGGUCCGCUUGUCCUCUGACGGCACGUUAAGACUGGCCAACGUGAGCAAGUCGGACGCAGGCAGCUAUACGUGCUUCGCCAGAAAUAGAUUUGGCAUGUCGAGUACCACGGGGCGCUUGCUUGUUACCGAUCCGACUCGUAUCACGCAGGGUCCCUCAGACGUGGAGAUCAUCGUGGGCGAGAGCAUCGUGCUGCCGUGCCAGGUGUCCAGUGACCCCGUGCUGGACAUCUCCUUCUCCUGGGCCUUCAAUGGACAACUUAUUGCCAAGGACGACGGCCAUUUUGAGCUGGUGGGUGGGAGAACGGCAGGAGAUCUGAUGAUAAGGAACAUUCAGCUUUACCAUGCGGGCAAAUAUAUCUGCGUGGUGGACACUGAUGUGGAGAGCCUGUCAGCUGUGGCCGUAUUGAUCGUGAAAGGUAAGAAAACCCUCCCUUUGCUUAGGCUAAUUAAAUGCUGGCUGUGCAGUGUUUAA